AUGGCCGGCUUAACUUAUCCUUUCGGUUCUCCGAAUAGACUCGAUGUUGUGAAGGAUUUAAUUUGGAAGGUGUAUGUGCCGUUUAAUAUUAAGGCCUUUGGUUGGAGAAUUUUAAUUAAUAGAUUACCAACUAAGGACUUAUUGAUGGGAAGGGGUAUUCUUUUGUCAAUAGAGAAUUCUUUGUGUGCUUUUUGUGGUUCCAUUCCGGAAAGUUGUGAUCAUUCUUUUUUCAAGUGUAAAGAGGUGGGUGUGGUGUGGAGAGAGAUAGCGGUUUGGGUUGGAAAACCGAUUGGUGGUUUGGAAGAAGAUUGCCAUCAAAGCUUUAUGGAUUGGUUCCUCUUUUGUAAAGAAAAGAAAGUUAAGGAAAGUAAAUGUGGGGUGUUAUGGUUAGCCAUUGUGUGGACUUUUUGGUUAUCUAGAAACGGCUUUUGUUUCCGCAAUGAAGGUUGGGAUGUUGAUAAUACGGUGUGGAAAAUCAAGUCUGUGUUAUGGAAGUGGUCGUUUUUUGGAGAAAUUACGCACCCAAUAUAUAGUUUCUAUGAGUUUACUAAAGACCCAUUGUUUUUUCUCUCAUAG